AUAGAUUGUCGAAUCUUGUUUAUUUAAUGUGUACAAAGUUCGACAGAAAUAGAUAGAUCUUAGGCAUAGCGAUUAAUACUGUGUAUUUAAUCACUUGAUAACGAUGUGAGAUCUUUCUCUGAUAAAAAAAAUUUUUGUCGAUUCCUAGAUAGAUUUUAAAAGGUGUUUUUAUAUCUUACAUACUAAAUUAUGGAUUACUUUCAAUAAUAUAUUCAUUUCCAAAUAACUGAUAUUAAUUUUUAUUAGUGCUAGAAUAUUUUCUGAUAUUUUUUGAAAUUCUAGAAUCUUUCUAUUUAGAAAAUCGCCCAUUUUAUUAGAGAGAAACAAAAUUAAUUACUAAAAAACACAAGUCAUUAAUGUGACCAAUUCUAAAGAAAAUUCAAAUAAUUUUUUUCUGUAAACUUUUGACAUCAAUUAUUUUUAAAAAUUAGGAAUAUACUUCAUGUACUGUACUGUACUUUUACGUCUUUCCGCUAGAUUUAAAAAUCGACAAUACUUCCUUAAACUUUGAAGAUGAUGUGUCUGUAAUAUGUGACCACCCAGUUCACUUAUACAACUCUUUCACCCUUUUUUUUUUCUUUUUUUUUAAGUAACUCAUGCCAUAUGAGCAACAAGAAAAAACUGCAACUUCCUGCCACCCCUUUGGAUGUUUGCCAAAAAGUAUCCUCGGUAAAAAUUUAAAAUCAUAUAGCCUAAUAGAGAGCUUGUAGAAAAAAAAUCUAUAAUCCGGUUAUGAUAUAUAGAAAAUGUUUCCUUCGGAAAAUCCCGUUGCAAGUCAUGUAAUUAAUAUUCCUAUUGUGUAAACCGAACGAGAAUUACUGUUUAUUGAUAGUUAUUACCUAUAGCUUGAGCGUAUCGCAUUUAUAGGCACAGGUCGUGUGAAGUUAGUUUCAGUCUUCUACAGUAAGCGUGAUAGAUACGGAGUAAAGAUAAUUGUUAGAAGUCCGAAUUUAAAAACAGAGGUGGGAGCAUUUUGUAACGAGCUUUGAAGAUUCUAAAAUCGGAUGGCCCCCUCAUCCCAUCAGUCAUUUAGUGGAAGAUCAAAUGGCCGUGAAAAAUAGACUGGACUCUUCCGGUCGGUCGCUCCAGCGGACUUUAAAGUCCUGAGUGUAUAUUUGUCUGUUCUGCUAUGACAAAUGGGGUGGUCAAUCGUCAAGACGGCAGGACAAACUAGCUAAUGGAAACAACCUUUCUCUUAACAUUUUCAAAAGUUUUGCCAAAAACUUUUUCUCUUCUAAUGGCCAUUUUCGGUGGCCCACUCUUGGGGAAAGUUUCCUGGAAAUUAAAAAGUUCCAUUUCUCUAUCGGUGUUUUAUUAUAAUUAUGGGUUCAGAGAUUCCUCUGCAGAAGACUCCAGUCUUCUGAGGAAGAAAGUUUCUUAGGAUGGAAGAUGACGUAUGGGAUGUGUGCAAUAUAAGUGAACAAGAGUUCGAUCACAAAGCGGUUUACAUCGUUUUAGACCAACCAUGCGAAGAUAAAUCGACAAAUCAAGCCGAAUCCAGUCUUCCUAGGAAUUUAGUAUUGAAAACAUCUCAAACUUUGAGCGAUGUUUUGGGAGUCUGGAGCACCGAUUAUAUACCUAGAGGUACAAGAUUUGGUCCCUUAUUGGGAGAAAUAUAUAAUAAAGAUGAAGUUCCUCCUAAUGCCGAUAGGAAAUACUUUUGGAGAGUGAGUUUUCUUUUCUCUAUUUUCUUGAACUUUUUCCAUCUAUAUUUAAUUAAUAAUCUUCGACAGGUUUACAAUGCUCCUGAUUCUUAUUACUACAUCGACGGUUACAAUCUAAAUAAGGCUAACUGGAUGAGAUUUGUUAAUCCGGCUUACUCCAGCGAAAUGCAAAAUCUAGUUGCUUGUCAGAUUAAAGAGAAAAUAUAUUUUUACACCAUUAAACCCAUUCUACCUAACCAAGAGCUGCUAGUGUGGUAUUGUCGAGAGUUUGCAGAAAGAUUGAACUAUCCUCUAACUGGAGAAUUGAUGCUGGAAAGGAUAAGACACCACUUCAGUUCCGAAAAGGAUUAUUAUACAAGAUCACAACAGCUAACUCCUACCGAAGGAAGCACUCGUAGUGACGAAGGUUAUCAUAGUAAUGGGGGACCCGACGAUCAUGCCGAUGACGUAUCUAUCCCAUUAGAGGAUAGUAGUGACGGUGAUAGCGAUACUAACUACGUCAUCGAUUAUAGCGUCAAGAAGCAAACCGAUGAAGAUAAGAAUGAAUUUAGAAAAGUCAAAAUCAAAAUGACAAAAGCUUUCAAUUAUAACGGUAACACUACGCAAGAAGAACCCAACUUUACUACUUCGGAACCCAUCUCACCGACAGAAGAUGCUUACGAAGGAAUGGGUCAAAGAAUGACAGGACAUACACCCAAACCACCGUCUUCUGGCAUCCUAGAAAAUCUUUUAUUACAAGGAUCACCAGAGAACAAACGCGAAACCGCAAAUUUCGUAAAAAAAUAUAGCUCCGGUAAUAACAGUCCGGAAGUACAUACUCCAGAUUCGACUGACAAAAUGCUCAAUUCCGCAGCCUACAAUCUCACUAGGCCUAAUUAUUUAUACGUUAAUGGUCUAACACCCAUGUUUUCGCCCGCACACUUUAAUAUGUACGCGUACUCGCUAACCGAAAACGGAAAUUAUCCGAAAAUAUCCGAUUAUCCCUCGCAUCCCAUGACGGUCCUACAACGUCCUCAUCACCACCCCCAAGCCUUCAACCAGGCGUUGACACAGCAGAACGCAUACACACUAAGCCCUAGUCCACGCGGUUACCGAUCUUUACCCUAUCCUCUGAAGAAAAGAAACGGGAAGAUGCAUUACGAAUGCAACAUUUGCUACAAGACAUUCGGGCAGCUAUCCAAUCUGAAGGUACACCUCCGAACACAUUCGGGAGAAAGGCCAUUCAAGUGCUCAAUAUGUAGUAAGAGCUUCACUCAGUUGGCACACCUACAGAAGCACCACUUAGUGCAUACCGGAGAGAAGCCUCACCAGUGUGAGGUAUGUAAGAAGCGCUUCAGCAGCACGAGUAAUCUAAAAACUCAUCUGAGGUUACAUAGUGGACAAAAACCGUAUUCGUGCGAUCUGUGUCCCGCUAAGUUCACUCAAUUCGUUCAUCUCAAGCUUCACAAGAGGUUGCACACUAACGAGAGACCGUACACGUGUCAGACCUGCAACAAGCGUUAUAUCAGCGCAUCCGGUUUGCGUACGCACUGGAAGACUACCUCUUGUCAACCCAAUAUGGUACCCGAUGUUUUCGGACAGGUAGAUAAUUCGGAAAUGGGUAGAUCGUACGUUGCAGAGACUGAGUGAUGUAUAGAAAUCUUCGAUAUAUCUCUCUCAAUCUCUUUUAAUUUAUUCGUUGUAUCGUUAGUGAAAAACAAAAAUCAUAUUAAGAACUGUGAUUCAAGUUAUGUUUGUUAACUAAAAAGGAAAAAAAAGCAGUUGCAAUAAUUGUAGUCAAUACAUAUAUUAGACGUUAAAACAGGCGUGAAAAGUGUCGCCAUCUGGUGCCAAAUGACAAUAUUGAAUUUAUGUCGAGGAAAAAAAUUAACUGUGAUUUAUGUAAACAUCCCACCAUGUAUUCUUCCCCUUUUAAAAAUUCAAUUGACUACAGUUAAUUAUUCGCUCAAAGAUUUUUCCUUUAAACGGUAAGUGCUGAAGUUGUUCCAUAUCUUAUUUAUUAGUUAUGCGGCCGGAUAUAUGUAAAAUAUUUCAAUGUUUUUAAAAUAUAUUUAUUUCAUAAUUUGAAAUGUUUGUUGUAAUUUAUUUAAGAAAAAAUAAAAACGUGAAUG